AUGGACGCCCUGUGCCGGGCCGAGCCCUGGCCCCGUCGCCGUGAGGCUGCGGCCGCUGAGGCCGCCGCUGCCUCCUCCCUGUUGCCCUGGGCACGCUUCUCCGCAUGGCUUGACUGUGUCUGCGUGGUCACUUUCGACCUGGAGCUGGGCCAGGCUAUGGAGCUGGUGUACCCCUAUGACUUCAGGCUGACGGAGAAAGAGAAGAGCAGUAUCUGCUACUUGUCCUUCCCAGACUCCUACUCAGGUGGCCUUGGGGAUACUCAGUUUAGCUUCCGCCUUCGGCAGUCUGGGGGCCAGCGGACCACUCACUAUGAGGAUGAUGGAGAGUACAACAGAGAAGCACCUCUGACACUGCAGAGGGAGUCAGCUCAUUACUUUGGUUACGUCUACUUCAGGCAGGUCAAGGACAGCUCGAUGAAGAGAGGUUAUUUCCAGAAGUCUCUGGUGCUGGUGUCACGACUUCCAUACGUCAACUUGUUCCAGUCCUUGCUGCAGUUGAUUGCUCCGGAAUACUUUGACAAGCUGGAGCCAUGCCUGGAGGCAGUGUGCAACGAGAUCGAUCAGUGGCCACCUCCUGUGCCAGGACAGACCUUGAACCUUCCAGUGAUGGGAGUUGUCAUUCAGGUGAGGAUCCCAUCAAGGGUGGACAAACCAGGAUCAAGCCCAGUGAAGCAGUGCAACCAAGAGAAUUUGUUGCCAGCCCCAAUGGUUCUCCCCAGUAUUCAUGAACUAGAUCUCUUCAGGUGUUUCCAGCCAGUCCUCAUCCACAUCCAGAUGUUGUGGGAGCUGAUGCUGCUGGGAGAGCCAGUGGUGGUGAUGGCACCAUCCCCUAUGCUGUCUUCAGAAAUGGUUCUGGCACUGACCAGCUGCCUUGCUCCUCUGAGGUACUGCUGUGACUACCGCCCCUACUUCACCAUCCAUGACAGCGAGUUCAAGGAGUACACCACCAGGACCCAGGCUCCGCCAAACAUAGUUGUGGGAGUCACAAACCCUUUCUUCAUCAAAACUCUCCAGCACUGGCCACACAUCCUUCGGGUUGGGGAGCUCAAAAUGUCAGGAGACCUGCCCAAGCAAGUGAAGGUGAAGAAGUUGGCUAAACUAAAGACUCUGGACACCAAACCAGGAAUCUACACUUCUUACAAAACCUUUCUUCACAAAGACAAGACCCUGAUCAAGAGACUACUCAAGGGCAUCCAGAGGAAACGGCCCUCAGAAGUCCAGAGUGCCCUCCUGAGGCGUCACCUCCUGGAGCUCACCCAGAGCUUCAUCAUCCCACUGGAGCACUACAUUGCAAGUCUGAUGCCUCUGCAGAGGGCCAUCACUCCAUGGAAGAACCCCCCCCAGAUCCGUCCGUUCCGUCAGGAGGACUUCAUGAAGAGCCUUGACCACGCUGGGCCCCAGCUGACCUGUGUCCUCAAGGGGGACUGGUUAGGCCUCUACAGGCGUUUCUUCAAGUCUCCCAACUUCGAUGGCUGGUACCGGCAGCGGCACAAGGAGAUGACCCAGAAGCUGGAGGCCCUUCACUUGGAAGCCAUCUGUGAAGCAAACAUUGUAGCCUGGAUGAAGGACAAGUCUGAGGUGGAGAUUGUGGACCUGGUGCUAAAACUUCGUGAGAAGCUGGUGAGAGCCAGGUGCCAGCACCUCCCUGUGAAGGAGGAGACUCUGCAGCGCGUUGGCCUCUACAUUGAGACCAUCAUCGGCUCCUUGCCCGAGGAUCUCCAGGCUGUGCUGCACCAUCACUGA